AAGACACUAGACCAGACAUUCUAAGACACUAGACCUGACAUGAUAUCAAUGUUAUUUCACAAGUAUAGCUGUUGACACAUUUGAAACAAACAGAAUUGAGCUCUUGAACUUAAACAAAGAUAGUCCUUGAAGAACUAAGCUCUACUUUUGGGAGUUUAUAAAAGUUGCAACAAUUUGAGCUAUGUGACCUGUGCUAGUUCCCUGACUCUGCUAGUAAAAUGCAGUUCUGUCCUAAUGAAAGUGCAUGGCAAGAUGUGUGGGUCAACAAUGGAUUUACUCGAUGUUUCUUUCAAUCAACUUCUGCAAGUGUCGUGGCUAUUUUUAUCCUCGUCUCUGCUGCUCUACAGACGUACGUAUACAGCAAGCAUGCGCUCAAGGCCGACAAGACACGAGCGUCCAGACGCUACUCCGUUCAGGUUCUCUGCACGAUUCUCAUCAUUAUUGAAAGUGUCCUUCACCUUGCCAUGAGCGAUGUAUAUUUGACCCAGAAAACAUUGUAUGGAUUUCAGGUACUAGAGGCGUGUACCAUCAUUUGUGCCUGUAUUAUGUCACUGUGGCUACUGGCUAUGGAGAGACGAAGUAUGUUACCAAGUUUACCAACUAGAGGUCAAGGCCUUGUCCUACUUCUCUUCUACGGCUUGUUGUUUGUCCGCGAGAAUCUCAUGUUUAUUUCCUGGAACAAUCCCACUUGGUGGUGGAAGCUGCAAAGCCAAUCAGACGCGGCUGAGCUGGGUUUGUUCGUGGUCCGUUAUGUGCUGGCGCUGCUCCUGCUACUGCUUGCAGUGACCAAAACUCCGCCCACUCCUUAUAUGGCAUUGGAUGACCAGGAGGGAAGCAACUCGUCUGAUCAGAAGUCAACCUGGGAUAAUUCUUUAGCAAAGGUCAAGCUGAUGUUACCGUACGUCUGGCCUAAGGGGAGCAUCACGCUUCAGCUGACCGUGGGGGUCUGUCUAUGUCUGCUGGUACUAGGCAGGGUCAUCAACGUAUUUGUUCCUUUGUACAGCAAAGACAUUGUCAACAGUAUGACGUACCCUGCUGAUAGCCGUGACGUCAAGCUAUCCUUCCGCUGGGAUUACAUUCUCAUCUACGUCACACUUAUUUUUCUUAAAGGUGGAACCACAGGAGCCUCAGGUCUGGUCAGCAACUUGAACAGUUUCCUGUGGGUCAAAGUUCAACAAUUCUCUACCCGGACCAUACAGAUCCGGCUCUUCACACAUCUGCACAACCUCUCUCUGAGAUGGCACCUUGGCAGAAAGACAGGCGAAAUGCUGAGGGUGGUCGACAGAGGAACCAACAGCAUUAACACGUUACUUAGUUACGUCUUGUUUCAAGUGUUACCGACCAUCGCCGAUAUCGUCAUCGCUAUCAUCUACUUCGUCACGGCUUUCAACUAUUUGUUUGGACUUAUUGUCUUUUUUAGCAUGGCGCUUUAUCUUGCCGCUACGGUUCAGGCAACAGAAUGGAGAACCAAAUACCGCCGUCUUAGAAACCAGAAAGAUAAUGAGGCCAAUGCCAAGGCCGUUGAUUCGCUUCUCAACUUUGAAACGGUCAAGUACUACGCUGCUACUGACUGGGAGAUGGAUCGAUAUCAAAAAGCAAUAAUCGAAUACCAGCUGGCCGAGUGGAAGUUUAACGCCAUCUUCAACCUGCUGAGCCUGGCCCAGAACUCCAUCAACACGGCCGGUCUGGCGGCUGGUGCCUUGCUCUGUGCCUGGGCGGUCACGAAUGGCAUCAACGACCUUCACCUUAAUGUUGGGGACUAUGUACUUUUCGGGACCUACGUGUCUCAACUCUAUGGUCCUCUCAAUACUCUAGGAAAUACAUACAGAAUGAUUCAACAAGCUUUUAUCGAUAUGGAAAACAUGUUUGAUCUACUGGAACAAGGUGUCGAGGUAAAAGAUGAACCUGGAGCACCAGAUCUAAAGGUCAAGGGCGGGGAGAUUGAGUUUAAAAAUGUUAGCUUUACCUACGAGUACGGGAAAAUGAUACUGAAGAAUGUCUCGUUUAAAGUUCCAUCAGGACAUACAUACGCACUGGUAGGCCACACAGGAAGUGGCAAGAGUACCGUUGUCAGGCUGCUGUUCCGGUUUUAUGACGUACAAGAUGGUUGUAUUCUAAUCGAUGGGCAGGACAUCGCCAAGGUAACCCAAGUUUCGCUACGCAGCCACAUCGGUGUCGUGCCUCAAGAUACGGUGCUCUUCAACAACGACAUCAGAUAUAACAUCAGGUACGGCAAGCUGUCGGCAUCAGAUGAGGAGGUUGAGGAGGCCGCUAGAGCUGCUGAAAUUCACAAUCGCAUCCUGACAUUCCCAAAACAGUACGAGACUGUUGUUGGUGAGCGAGGGCUGCGUCUGAGUGGGGGAGAGAAACAACGCGUGGCCAUCGCCAGGACUCUGCUCAAGGCUCCAGCCAUCGUCCUGCUCGAUGAGGCCACCUCUGCCCUGGACACAAAAACAGAACGCAGCAUCCAGUCGUCCCUGGCCCGUGUCUGUGAGAACAGGACUACUCUGAUCGUGGCUCAUCGCCUGUCAACAAUCAUCCACGCACAUCAAAUUAUUGUUCUAAAUGAGGGCCAAAUUCUGGAGAUGGGCACUCAUGCAGAGCUGGUAGAACGUGAUGGUCACUACGCCGACAUGUGGCGCCAGCAGUUGAUCCAGCAAGAAAAAGGGGAGAUCACAGCGGAAGAAACAAAAGAAACCAAGUCUAAAAGAGGGAGGUUCUAGCACGCCAUUAAACACAUCACUUCAA